AUGACGUCGAACAGUAUCCAAGACAUUCUGGCCGACACCUUGAGCUCAGAUGCAAACAGGCGAAUGUCAGCUGAGCUGAACCUUUCUGAAGUUCUUCAGCACCAAGGCUCGUCCGAAAAUGUGGAUGUGUCCAUCCGACAGAUAAUCGUCCUAAGAAAGUACGUGACCGAGCGAUGGUCACCGUAUUUUCCGUCGUUCAAGGGAAACUCUCCGUCCGUAGAGGUAAAAUGUCAAAUCCGCCACGCAGUUUUUCAGGGACUCUCAGACCCAAAUCGCAAAAUAAGAUCACUAAGUGCAAGUGGUGAUAGCAUACAUAGAGCGGCCCGUACACUGUCGUCAAUUGCCAGUUGUGACUGGCCAGAUGAAUACCCCGAUCUCCUGAGUUCUCUAAUUCAGCUUAUCUCUUCUAAUUCUCCGGAUGCUGUCCAUGGAUCCAUGCAAGUGCUCACUGAAUUCAUAAAAUCUGACCUAACAGAAGAUCAAAUAUUGCCCGUUCUCCGCCAACUCCUGCCAGUGCUUUUGGCGAUUCUUGGCGCCCCAGAACAACAUAUGCCCCUGACCCGAGCGCGAGCGGUCUCUGUCUUCCGCCAAUGUGUUACUGCCCUUUACAUGGUCAAAGGUCAGCAUCCCGAGGCGGUGAAGGAAGCUACCUCAAUCCAUUCUGCCCUGCUUUUAAAUCUCGAUCCUGCUCAAGAACUUUCUAACCAGGAGAAUUGGGACGGGCUGUUUGUGGAAAUUUACUGGAACUCGGGCUUGCUCACGAAAGGUGGCGUGUUGCAGACUCUUGGCACGAUCCAUACUUCGUUCCAGCGCGCAAUGGUCGCUUACCUACCAGAUUACCUGAAUGCUGCGCUCCACCAUCUGCAAGUAAUAUACGUCACUUAUAACCGCUGUUAUAUCACCGCGUCAGAAAAUGCCCCUGGAUCAUCGGAAGACGAAGCCGUAGAACUUCCGCACCUGAUUUGCCCGAUAUUUGAUUUCCUUUCAAAUGAGGAGAUGUGGGCGGCAAAUGCAAAUGCUUUCGUUGCACAGGAAGAAGACGAAAUUCAGACGUAUGGCGUCCGACCUGCUGGCUUCGAAUUGCUUUACACCCUGUUGGAUCGCUCGGCAGCGCAAGUGUGCACUAUUUUGCAAGAGCAGCUUCAGCGAACCAUCACGAAUUCCCACCUCGCCCGUGAUGGCGAGGCAAUUGACUGGUGGAAAGCUUUAGAAGCUGCACUCGCAGUCAUUGGGUCCCAUGCCGAAGACAUACUAGAAUGCAUCGAUGACGAGGUUGAAUCAGGUCGUACAAAACCUAUAGAUAUUGAAGACCUCCUUGCAAACCUUAUCCCAUCCAUCCUUACCCAAACUCGCAAUGUUCCAUCAGAAUUCCCAUUCUUGCAAGGCAGAGCCUUCGUCUUUGCUAGCCAGUUUGCCAAACUUUUGCCGUUGCAAAUAGCCGGUCAGUACCUGGAGGCAGCAACACAGGUCCUGGAAUCGAAUGUUGCCGGAAUCCCCGUUAAAGUAUCCGCUGUCAAAGCAAUCCACAAUUUCUGUGAAGGCGCAGAAGAUUCUGCUGUAAGACCGUUCGCACCGCGGAUAACCCAAGACCUUGGGCCAUUCCUUCUCGUCACCACGGAAGAUACGCUAUCUCUUGUCCUCGAAGCGAUGUCGGUAGUUUUGGACGUUGACAAGGGCUCAUGGCUAUCCCAGGAUCUUGCCAAUUCGCUUGUCAUCGCUGUACUAGAAGUUUGGGCCAAAAAUAAUAAAGACCCUAUUUUCCUCUCGAUCUUCACAGAGAUAUUGGAAUCCCUCGCUGCUUCUCGUGCUAACGGGGUGUACGAGACCGUGGUUAAACAGGCUUUGCCCACACUGUGUACUGCGAUUGCAAACGCUAAGCCCGAUGAACCUUGGAUUGCCGGAUCAGCUAUCGACCUGGUUUCUAGUCUCGUCCGCGGAGGGCCGGAGGGUGGACUCGGGGAGGGCUUCUUUGCCCACCUUGCACCUAGUCUGUUCAAUUGCCUGGAACAUGCAGAAGACCGGGAUGUGUUACAGGACUGUUCGCAAAUCCUCUCUUGGUCCGACUCCAAUUCUCAGCCUGGAUUGGAUCACAUACUCAAGCUCGUUGCGAAGCUCCUGCAAAAUGAAGACGAAUCUGGUGGCCUAGUAAUUGGUGAUCUUAUCACCCACCUCCUGCGUCGUGUUGGAGAGUCGGUCCUUCCAGUGCUCCCCGAACUCCUGCGCGCAAUGGCCCAAAGAAUGUUGACCGCAAAGACUGCUACAUUCUUGCAAAGCCUCGUCAUUCCCUUCGCUUUCUUGGUCUGCAAUCAAGCUGAUACAUUAAUCUCUCUCUUGGAAUCGACGCGGGUGCAAGACAGAAGCGCACUCGACAUAGUUAUCCACACGUGGUGCGAGAACGCGGAGACUUUCCAGGGCUUCUGGCCUACGCGCAUCAGUACCAUUGCACUUUCCCGGCUGUAUGCGUCUGCUCGACCUAGCCUUCGGAGCCUGAAGGUCAAGGGAGACAUCAUCGUCAAACCUGAAACUAAGAAUGUGAUCAUGACCCGGUCGAAGACCAAGACAAUCCCCCAUGAGUUCACGUCAAUACCGUUCCCAGUCAAGGUACUUAAACUGCUUGUGCGUGAACUACGCUCCGAUGGCGAACCAGCCACCAUUCCUGGUGAAGGCUUUGAGGUUGACUCGGACGACGGGGACGAAGAAUGGACAGAAGAAGAGCAGCAGCAUCAAGGUUUCAAAGAAGACGAGUUUGCAUUUCUAUCGGAGAUGCUCGGCCCUAGAGGUGCCAACUUUGAUAAUGACGAUAUUCUGUACGAAAGUGACGAUGAGGAUCUCAAGAACGAUCCCGUAUCCCAGAUCAAUAUGAAGGAACACUUGAUAGGAUUUUUCAAGGAAUGUGCGGCGAUGAAUACCAAUAACUUUGCAGCGAACGUCGACCAGUUGUCUGCAGAGGAAAUUUUGGUUAUCCAGCAAGUCGUAGGGAAGUAG